UCGCCGACCGCGCACGCAACUUCCUGGAAGGCGGCUUUUUGCUGUUGGUGCGAUUUGUUGAAAUUGUUUGAAGUGAGUUUGAUAAAGUGGCAAUUUGAACAAUUUCGAGACAUUUUCGUGCGCGACCUUGAAUCGCUAAUCCCAGAAAAAGGAGAAUAAACCCGUUUUUUUUGCACCAAAGAGCAGUAAUCCGCGGAAGAAGAAGACCAAAGACCUUCAGCUGGAAGGAGAAGAAGAAGAAUCGCCCAGAAAAAGGCUCAACAGCAGAAGAAGAGUUGCGAGCGAGUUUGUGUGUGUGUGCAUCGCUCCUGCUCACACGCACACAGUUGUACAAAUCGGAGAGAAGAGAGAGAGACUCUCCCGGACAGGAGAGGGAGCGAACUUUGUUUUUGGGCUGGAGAAAGAACUUUGACGGAUUUUUCUGCUCCGCCGCGGCCAGUCUGCAAAGAGCGCGUUCGUUUUUCGGCAAAAUCUCCGGUGGCCUCCGCGCGGCCGUUUGUGUUUGUGUGUGCACCAAGUUCUGCUGGAGCAGCCGCCGCCGCCGCCAUCGGGCAGCCACAUUUUUCAUACUAUUUCUUUGUGAUUGAAGUGCCCUCCGGAAAGAAGUGACCACUCUCGUGGUAACAGGUUCCUUCCCGCAAGAUCGUCAGAACCAACUCCUGCCAAAGACUGCCGCCGCCGUUCCCUCCGGUUGAGCAUGUCCUCCCGGAGCAGCCACAGCCUACUCGGUAGCACCCGUUCCAGGACAUGGCAACACUGCCCCCGCUGCUGACAGACGACGACGACUGCUGCUCCUCGAAGCGACGACGAUUGUUUGAAUCGAUACGGGGCGCGACCCACCGCCAACCCGCUUCUCCUAGUCCUCCACCCCGGGACAGAACAGACCAAAACCAAAAAGUGUUCCAACAGUGCCGCAGUUUGGCACCGUACCAAAAAUAUUAAUAUCACCCAGCGUCGAGCUGCUGCUGGUCGAGUUUGCCAAUUCCAGAGCGAGCAGCCGAGAAAAAAAGAAGAGAUCUACAACAGGAAAAACAGCGGUGCGGUGUCCACUCCUGGUCACACAGGGACGACCGUACCGUACAUGUGUGCUGUAGUUGCUGGUGCUGCUGCGGUCAGGCCGUGCAACGCCGCAGACAACGUCGUCGUCAUCGACGGUCAGGGCUUUUUGCGGUAGCGAAUAAUUUGGAUCGAAAUCAAAUACCAAUCUAGGCCAUCAUCGGUGUCAUAGUCGGUGACGAGACCAGGAAGAAAGGUUUUUCCCCAAAAAGAAAGUAAAAAAAAAGCGGAGCCAAGACAUGACAGCGACUCAGCCGAACCGGGAGUUUGUCGAAGGAUGGACGCUGGCCCAAACGCUGGGCGAAGGUGCCUACGGAGAGGUGAAGCUGCUACUGAACCGCCAGUCGGGUGAGGCCGUCGCGAUGAAGAUGGUCGACCUGAAGAAGCACCCGGACGCGGAGAGCUCGGUCAAGAAGGAGGUCUGCAUCCAGAAGAUCCUGCAGCAUCCGAACAUCCUCAAGUUCUUCGGGAAGCGCACCCAGGGUGACAUCGAGUACAUCUUCCUGGAGUACGCGUCCGGCGGCGAGCUGUUCGAUCGGAUCGAACCGGACGUCGGCAUGCCCAUCCCGGAGGCGCAACGGUACUUCAACCAGCUGCUGGCCGGCGUCGAAUACCUGCACGGACGGGGCGUGGCCCACCGGGACCUCAAGCCGGAGAAUCUGCUCCUGGACGAGCACGACAACGUCAAGAUCUCCGACUUUGGCAUGGCCACCAUGUUUAGAAUGAAAGGCCGCGAGCGACUGCUGGAUAAAAAGUGCGGUACGCUGCCGUACGUGGCGCCCGAAGUGCUGGUCAAACCGUACCAGGCGACCCCUGCCGACAUCUGGUCCUGCGGGAUCAUCCUAGUCACGAUGCUGGCCGGUGAACUGCCCUGGGACCAACCGUCGACCGGCUGCGCGGAGUACCUCUGCUGGAAGGAGAACAAGUACACGACCGCAACGCCCUGGAGCAAGCUGGACACGCUGACGCUGUCGCUGCUGCGGAAGAUCCUGGUGCCCAAUCCGGCCCAGCGGCUCCCGCUGGACAAGAUCCAGGACCACAAGUGGUGCCAGAUGCAGUUCAACAACAGCCAGGGUCACUCGGAGAGCGGACGCGACGCGGUCGAUGGCGUUAUUUCACCCCGAGCGAAGCGGCUCUGCUCGAACCAGGACCUGUCCACGCCGCUGGACGAUUCGACGUCGCGCCUCUGCCAAUCGCAACCGGUGCCAACGAUCGCCCAGACCGAGGUGCACGGCCUCGAGGAGGCGAUCGAAGCCCGCAACGGGUUUUGCUUCUCCCAGCCGACGAUGCUGGAUGAUCUGAUUCUGUGCACCCAGCUCAACCCGACCCAAUCGGUGGGCGCCACCCAGUCGACGCCGUUCCAGCGGUUAGUUCGGCGCAUGACGCGCUUCUUCGUGUCGACCAAGUGCGACGAAACGCUGAACCGGCUGUCGGCCACCCUCGAGAAGCUCGGCUACACGUGGAAGGCCAACGACGAGGGCGUCAUCACCAUCUCGACCAUCGACCGGCGGAAGCUGCAGCUCAUCUUCAAGGCCAACAUCGUCGAGAUGGACGGCAAGAUCCUGUGCGACUUCCGCCUGUCCAAGGGCUGCGGGCUGGAGUUUAAACGACGCUUCAUCCGGAUCAAAAACAGCCUGGAGGAUAUUGUGAUGAAGGGUCCCGUUACGUGGCCCAUUGCCAUUGCGACCAACUCGGUGCCUUAGCCAUAGUGAGAGUGUGUGAUCGAAUUGAAUUGUGUUCGGAUGAAAACUCAGUUAGUAUACGGCGCAAAGUGCACGUUCGAUAGUUUGAUGAAAUCAGGGAAUUUUGUUUUGCUUUACAUUUUUUUGUUUCAGUUUAAUUUACCAAUGAAGAGAGAAACACUAGUACAGCAAACGUAUUGGCUGCGUAAGAAAAUAAAGGAUUUUU